AUGUUUAAGCAUGCCAUAGGGCAAAGCAUAACGGAAGAUGUGGGGGAUGCAGAAAGAAGAGAGCCGCUUGUGAAUAGCUGCCACUCAACAGCAGCAGCAGCGGUAGCAGGAGCAGCAGCAGGUGCAGCAGCAGCAGCAGCAGCAGCACGUGUACCUGCUGCAGCAGACGAGAACGAUGCAUUAGUGGUGACGAUAAAAACAGCAGCAGAACAUCCACCAGAUUUAUUUCCUUCAUCAGCUCCAACAGAGCCCUUGUUGCUGUCUAGAGAAGAUCAAGCAGAGAGGCGUAUAUCAGCAGCAUCAGCAGCAGCAGCAGCAGCAGCAGCAGCAGUGUACCCUGCAGCAGCAGCAAAUGCUGCAGCAGUUGGAGACGGAUGGAGCAGAUAUACGCGAAUUAGAAGGAGAAAUGUCUCCUUAUUGCUGGCGUUCACAGCCCUCACGACUAUUUUCUUUGCAUUCGCACAGGGGCCUGUCUUCGAUAUGUAUAUAUUUAUUCUGGGCAACCACAGCACCAAGUGGGUCGGCGACCUCGAAAGCCUCAGUGGGGUCGUCGCUCUGAUUGUUGCUGCGCCUGUUGGAUAUAUCGUAGAUAAAUACCCAAGAGAUAAUAUAUGCAAAGUGUUGUGCGUCCUGGGGAUAGCAGGAACAGUGCUAAGCUUUUGGGGUGUAUAUACAGAUUCAUUGUCUCUUAUUGUUGCUUCUCUCGUUGUGUGGGGUCUCUUUCUUGAGGCUUCUAAUAGCUCUACUAAUGCAAUCUUUGCUGAUUCUCUACCCAGAGGGCAGAGGACGCAAUGGUUUAGCUGGAAGGGUAUGCUGCAAAGCGGCACCUGGGCGCUGUCUCCGCUGCUUUCAAUUUGUUUUUUUCUUAAGUACGAAGACAACUGGGAGCUGAAGAUAAUAAAGCAUUUAAUUAUUUUUGCGAGUCUUCUCUUUGGGCCCCUCUCGAGUUUGCUGCUUUGCUUCUUCGUUGACUUACAAAGGGACAGACGCCGAGGCAGAGUGCAGCCCCACAUCACCAACGUCUCUUCUGCUCGCAGCAGCAGCAGCAGCAGCAGCAACAGCAGCAGCAGCAGCAGCAGGGGAGGAGGGGAGGCAGCAGGAGCGCUGGAGGCCUUUGAUACGAGCUCUGCUUUGCUGGGUAUUCAUAGAGUCGGUGUUGUAGUUGAAUCUCCUAGUGAAGAAGCAAUACCUGAACAUACACCGCAAGAGACAGAGGGAGCAGCAGUCAUCGCAGCAAACGAUGAACAACUCUCUCGUCUCCCCUGGCUUUACAGGAGUGUGCCUUUUAUUGUGAGCACUGCGGAUUUAGUUCGUUCGAUGGGUGCGGGGAUGACGGUGAAGUUCUUUCCGAUAUUUUUUACAGAUAAAUAUAAUUUUAGUCCUGUUCAGCUGUCUCUCCUUGGCGUUGCUUACGGCUUUUCAAUCGUCUUCUUCAUUUCGCUCGCUUCAAAAAUCUCAAAGUACCUUGGCCGCGCGUUUGCUUCUCAGUUGCUUUCACUUCUUGGUCUAUUAGCAUUAGGUAUUCUGUGCUACAGCGAAAAUAUUUAUUUACUCGUCGUUGCACAUUUAAUUCGAGGAGGUCUGCAGAAUUCUAAUUACCCAAUCGACAGAUCCGUUAUUGUUGACUUCAGCAAAAGCACAGACAGAGGCAAGUGGAGUGCAGUCGAGACCUUCACUUCGACUAUUUGGAGUGGCAGCGCUUUCUUAGGCGGUAUUCUGGCGGAGAAAAAUUAUACCUUUGCAUUUAAGGUGACGGCGGCAGUGUACGGCGUCGCUUGGUUAUUAUAUUUGCCUCUUGUGUUCAUCGUUCCUGCAGCAGAGAGAGCAUUAGCAGCAGAGGCAGCAGCAGACAAUGCUGAGCUGCUGCGAAACCAAGCUGCUGCUGCUGCUGCGUCGGCGGCUGCUGCUGCUGCUGCUGCUGCUGCUGAUGCUGCUGCUUCAGCGGGGGACACCGCCACCACACCCACAGACCCUGCAGCAGACCAAGUAGAAAUACAGGCUGCAGCAGCAGAAGGUGCAGCAGCAGCAAUUCAUGAUGCAUUUGCUGCUGCUGCGCUGCCGGCUUCAAAUAGUGCAUCAACUGCAGAGACAGCAGAAAAUAGACAAGACAAAAAUACACAAGAUGAGGGGCCCCCCGCCCCAUAUAGUUAG